AUGGUUAUCGUUACACGGGGUGAUUAUAUCUGGAUCGAGCCCGUGUCAGGAAGAGAAUUCGAUGUAGCGAUCGGGGCUCGUGUCAUCUCAGCGGAAGGCCGCCGGAUUCAGGUACGGGACGACGACGGAAACGAACAAUGGCUGACGCCGGAACGACGCAUCAAGGCGAUGCACGCCUCCUCAGUGCAGGGCGUCGAAGACAUGAUAUCGCUAGGCGAUCUGCACGAGGCUGGAAUCCUGCGCAACCUCCUCAUCCGUUACAACGAAAACCUGAUAUAUACAUACACCGGCUCGAUCCUUGUCGCCGUGAACCCGUAUCAGAUACUGCCGAUAUAUACCGCUGACCAGAUCAAACUGUACAAGGAGCGCAAGAUCGGCGAGCUGCCGCCGCACAUUUUCGCCAUCGGAGACAACUCGUACGCACACAUGCGCCGAUACGGCCAGGAUCAGUGCAUCGUCAUCUCGGGUGAAUCAGGCGCGGGCAAGACGGAAAGUACAAAACUGAUUCUGCAGUAUCUGGCCGCGAUUAGCGGCAAACACUCGUGGAUCGAGCAGCAAAUCCUCGAGGCUAAUCCGAUCCUAGAAGCGUUCGGAAACGCGAAAACCGUCCGUAAUGACAACUCGUCGCGCUUCGGCAAGUACAUCGACAUUCACUUCAACAGUGCGGGUGUAAUCGAAGGUGCAAAGAUCGAACAGUACCUGUUGGAGAAGUCACGCAUCGUGUCACAGAAUGCGGACGAACGGAAUUACCACAUAUUUUACUGCUUGCUAGCUGGUUUGUCGCCUGAGGAAAAACGGCGGCUCGAUUUGGGACAGGCGUCUGAUUAUCGCUAUUUGACCGGUGGCGGCUGCAUCCGGUGUGACGGUCGUAAUGAUGCGGCGGAGUUUGCGGACAUUCGAUCCGCCAUGAAGGUGCUAUGUUUCUCGGAUCAUGAAAUUUGGGAGAUCCUGAAGCUGCUGGCCGCGCUACUGCACACGGGGAACAUCAAAUAUAAUGCGACCGUGAUUGAUAAUCUGGAUGCGACCGAAAUUCCGGAACACAUCAACGUGGAACGGGUGGCGAAUCUGCUCGAAGUGCCCCUGCAGCCCUUCAUUGAUGCGCUCACACGUAAAACGUUGUUUGCACACGGCGAAACAGUCGUCUCGACGUUGUCCCGCGACCAGUCGAUGGAUGUACGGGACGCAUUCGUGAAGGGCAUCUACGGCAGGUUGUUCGUGUUGAUCGUGAAAAAGAUCAAUCAAGCCAUCUACAAACCGAAAUCGUCCACGCGCAGCGCUAUUGGGGUGCUAGAUAUCUUUGGGUUCGAAAAUUUCGACCACAACAGCUUCGAGCAGUUUUGCAUCAACUUCGCGAACGAGAACCUGCAGCAGUUCUUCGUGCAGCAUAUUUUCAAGCUGGAGCAGGAGGAAUACAAUCACGAAAGCAUCAAUUGGCAGCAUAUCGAGUUUGUGGACAACCAGGAUGCGCUCGAUCUGAUCGCGAUCAAGCAGUUAAACAUUAUGGCACUGAUCGAUGAAGAGAGCAAGUUCCCGAAGGGCACCGACCAGACGAUGUUGGCGAAGUUGCACAAAACACAUGGCACCCAUCGGAACUAUCUGAAGCCAAAGUCAGAUAUCAACACCAGCUUCGGACUGAACCACUUUGCCGGCGUUGUGUUUUACGAUACGCGAGGCUUUCUGGAAAAGAACCGUGACACGUUCAGUGCCGACUUGUUGCAGUUGAUUUCCAGCUCGAGCAACAAGUUCCUGCAGCUCGUGUUUGCGGAGGACAUUGGGAUGGGAGCGGAAACGCGCAAACGCACACCGACGCUGUCGACGCAGUUCAAGAAGAGUCUCGAUUCGCUCAUGAAAACGCUCAGCCAGUGCCAGCCGUUCUUCAUUCGGUGUAUCAAACCGAACGAGCUCAAGAAGCCGAUGAUGUUCGAUCGAGCACUCUGCUGCCGACAGCUGCGCUACUCUGGCAUGAUGGAGACGAUCCGCAUCCGACGUGCAGGAUAUCCAAUCCGCCAUAACUUCCGCGAUUUUGUCGAGCGCUAUCGGUUCCUGAUCAAUGGUAUUCCUCCCGCGCACAGAACCGAUUGUCGUAUGGCUACGUCGAAGAUCUGCGCAACGGUGCUGGGUCGGUCGGACUACCAGCUCGGCCACACGAAGGUGUUCUUGAAGGAUGCACACGACUUGUUCCUGGAGCAGGAGCGCGAUCGGGUGCUGACACGCAAGAUCCUCAUCCUGCAGCGGUCGAUUCGUGGGUGGGUUUACCGACGACGUUUCUUGCGUAUGCGUCAGGCUGCCGUCACGGUGCAAAAAUACUGGAAGGGUUACGCGCAGCGGCAGCGCUACAAGAAGAUGCGCAUCGGUUACAUGCGGUUGCAGGCGUUGAUUCGGUCGCGAGUUCUAAGUCACCGAUUCCGGCACCUCCGGGGGCACAUCGUCCGGCUGCAGGCUCGCAUUCGGGGGUACUUGGUGCGUCGCGAGUACGGCCACAAGAUGUGGGCCGUGAUCAAGAUCCAGUCCCACGUCCGACGGAUGAUCGCAAUGAAGCGCUACCACAAGCUGAAGCUAGAGUACCGGCGCCAUCACGAGGCGUUACGGUUGCGACGCAUGGAAGAGGAGGAACUCAAGCACCAGGGCAACAAACGAGCGAAGGAGAUUGCCGAGCAGCACUACCGGGACCGGCUGAACGAGAUCGAACGGAAGGAAAUGGAGAUCGAGCUGGAGGAGCGACGUCGCGUAGAGGUUAAAAAGAACAUCAUCAACGAUGCGGCUCGCAAAGCGGACGAACCAGUCGACGAUAGCAAGCUGGUGGAGGCGAUGUUUGACUUCCUGCCGGAUUCGAGCAGUGAGGCGCCGACUCCUCACGGAGGUCGGGAAACGUCCGUGUUUAACGACCUCCCGGUGAACGCCGGCAGCCACGACGAUAUCAUCGGUCCCAUCCACACGAUCAGCGAAGACGAGGAGGAUCUGUCCGAGUUCAAGUUCCAGAAGUUCGCCGCCACUUACUUCCAGGGCAACAUAACACACUACUACUCGCGGAAGCCUCUCAAACACCCGUUGCUACCAUUGCACACGCAGGGUGAUCAGCUGGCGGCCCAAGCCCUCUGGAUAACGAUCCUGCGGUUUACAGGCGAUCUGCCUGAACCGCGCUACCACACGAUGGAUCGUGACAACACGUCCGUGAUGUCGAAAGUUACAGCCACCUUGGGACGUAACUUUAUCCGCAGCAAGGAGUUCCAGGAGGCACAGAUGAUGGGGCUCGAUCCGGAAGCUUUUCUGAAGCAGAAGCCACGUUCUAUCCGUCACAAACUCGUCUCACUGACGCUUAAGCGAAAAAACAAGUUGGGAGAGGACGUGCGCCGCCGGUUGCAGGACGAGGAGUACACAGCCGACAGCUAUCAGUCGUGGCUUGAAUCGCGUCCCACGUCCAACCUCGAGAAGCUGCAUUUUAUUAUCGGACACGGAAUUCUACGGGCGGAACUAAGAGACGAGAUCUACUGCCAGAUCUGCAAGCAACUCACGAACAACCCAUCGAAGUCGUCGCACGCACGUGGCUGGAUUUUGUUGUCCCUGUGCGUGGGUUGCUUCGCACCCUCGGAGAAGUUCGUCAACUAUCUGCGAUCGUUCAUCCGGGAAGGCCCGCCCGGGUAUGCGCCGUACUGCGAAGAGCGACUGAAGCGAACGUUUAACAACGGCACGCGCAAUCAGCCUCCGUCCUGGUUGGAACUUCAAGCGACUAAAUCGAAGAAACCAAUUAUGCUUCCGAUCACUUUCAUGGAUGGCAACACGAAAACGCUACUCGCGGACUCUGCAACGACAGCGCGGGAGUUGUGUAACCAAUUGUCGGACAAAAUCACGCUGAAGGAUCAGUUCGGUUUUUCGCUCUACAUUGCGUUGUUCGAUAAGGUGUCGUCGCUCGGUAGCGGUGGCGAUCACGUGAUGGAUGCGAUCUCGCAGUGUGAACAAUACGCGAAGGAGCAGGGCGCUCAGGAACGGAACGCACCGUGGCGGUUGUUUUUCCGGAAGGAAAUAUUCGCCCCAUGGCAUAACCCGAUCGAGGAUCAGGUUGCAACGAACCUCAUCUACCAGCAAGUGGUGCGGGGGGUUAAAUUUGGCGAAUAUCGGUGCGAUAAGGAGGAAGACCUGGCUAUGAUUGCCGCUCAGCAGUACUACAUCGAGUACAACACGGACAUGUCGAUGGAUCGGUUAUACACUUUGCUCCCGAACUUCAUACCCGAUUACUGCUUGACUGGGAUCGAGAAGGCAAUCGACCGUUGGGCGGCGCUGGUGCUAACGGCGUACAAAAAGAGCUACUACCUUAAGGAGAAAGCGGCCGCUCUGAAGGUGAAGGAGGACGUGGUGAGCUACGCGAAGUAUAAAUGGCCCCUUCUGUUUUCGCGCUUUUAUGAAGCAUACAGAAAUUCUGGUCCAAAUCUGCCCAAGAACGAUGUCAUUAUUGCAGUUAACUGGACAGGCGUUUAUGUGGUUGACGAUCAGGAACAAGUACUGCUAGAAUUGUCGUUCCCGGAGAUAACGGCCGUGUCAAGUCAGAAGACCAACAAGGUAUUCACGCAAACGUUCUCACUGUCGACAGUUCGGAAUGAGGAAUUCACCUUCCAAAGCCCAAAUGCGGAGGAUAUACGAGACCUGGUGGUGUAUUUCUUAGAGGGUUUGAAAAAACGCUCAAAGUAUGUGAUAGCAUUGCAAGAUUACAAAGCACCGGGUGAGGGGACUAGUUUUUUGUCGUUCUUAAAGGGAGAUUUGAUCAUCCUCGAGGACGAAAGCACCGGUGAAACGGUAUUGAACUCCGGUUGGUGUAUAGGAUGCUGUGAACGGACGCAAGAGCGGGGCGAUUUUCCAGCCGAAAUCGUGUACGUCCUGCCAACCCUCACGAAACCGCCUCCGGAUAUUUUGGCACUGUUCAGCGUGGAAGAUGCGCAUCACGGUAAACGUCUCAACUCGAUUCACUCAAACGGCAGCACCGAAGGACGUGACCGACCACACAACCUUGCCGAGUACUCGCUCGAUCAUUUCCGGCCACCGCCGAAACGCACCAUGUCGAAAGCGCUCAGCACCCUCAGCUCCAAGGGCCGUGGAGGGGACGAAUUGUGGCGUUAUUCGCGCGAACCGCUGAAGCAACCCUUGCUGAAGAAGCUGCUCGCGAAGGAAGAACUGGCGGAAGAGUCAUGCCUAGCGUUCAUUGCCAUCAUGAAGUACAUGGGAGAUCUGCCAUCGAAGCGGCCACGUAUCGGGAACGAAAUCACGGACCACAUCUUCGACGGGCCGCUCAAGCACGAGAUCCUGCGCGACGAGAUCUACUGCCAAUUGAUGAAACAGCUGACGGACAACCGGAACCGUCUGUCGGAGGAGCGCGGCUGGGAGCUGAUGUGGCUCUCAACCGGACUGUUCGCGUGUAGCCAGCAGCUGCUGAAGGAGUUGACGCUGUUCCUGCGCACCCGCCGCCAUCCGAUAUCGCAGGACUCGUUGCACCGGCUGCAAAAGACGAUUCGAAACGGCCAGCGCAAAUACCCGCCGCAUCAGGUUGAGGUGGAAGCAAUUCAGCACAAGACGACACAGAUCUUCCACAAAGUGUACUUCCCGGAUGACACGGACGAGGCGUUCGAGGUGGAUUCGUCGACGCGCGCCAAGGACUUCUGCCACAACAUCUCGCAACGGUUGAAUCUGCGCUCGAGCGAGGGCUUCAGCUUGUUCGUGAAGAUCGCCGACAAGGUAAUCUCAGUGCCAGAGGGAGAUUUCUUCUUCGACUUCGUUCGUCACCUGACGGACUGGAUCAAAAAAGCCCGACCGACACGGGAUGGCUCAAAUCCGCAGUUUACGUACCAAGUGUUCUUCAUGAAGAAGCUGUGGACGAAUACGGUGCCCGGCAAGGACAAGAACGCCGAUCUGAUCUUCCACUACCAUCAGGAACUGCCUAAGCUGCUGCGCGGUUACCACAAGUGCUCGAAGGAGGAAGCGAUCAAGCUUGCUGCGCUUGUGUAUCGCGUACGGUUCGGGGAGAGUAAACAAGAGUUGCAAGCUAUCCCGCAAAUGCUCCGUGAGUUAAUACCCUCGGAUUUGAUCAAACUGCAGACCGUGAAUGACUGGAAACGAUCGAUCGUGGCCGCGUACAAUCAAGACGCUGGCAUGUCGCCAGAGGAUGCCAAAAUUACUUUCCUGAAGAUUGUGUACAGAUGGCCAACAUUCGGUUCGGCGUUCUUCGAGGUUAAACAGACGACCGAACCCAACUAUCCCGAGAUGCUGCUGAUCGCAAUCAACAAACACGGUGUUAGUUUGAUCCAUCCUACUUCUAAGGAUAUCUUGGUGACGCAUCCGUUCACGCGUAUCUCGAAUUGGUCAUCCGGCAACACGUACUUCCACAUGACGAUCGGCAAUCUGGUACGGGGUUCGAAGCUGCUGUGCGAAACGUCUCUCGGCUACAAGAUGGACGAUUUGCUCACGUCCUACAUUUCGCUCAUGCUGACCAACAUGAACAAGCAGCGCACGAUUCGCGUGAAGUAAUAUCGCACCGUGCACUCUACCGCACCCGGCGUUUCGGGUGCAGUUCCGUCCAAUGGUGAUGUCCGUGCAGAUAUGACCUCCAUCAAGCUUCGCAAUACCUUGCAGCCUAGGACAAUUGGACCAUGUCAGGGGAUGGACGACAAUUUGGUGCUUGUCUUAAGGGUAGGACGAACGCAAACAAGCGACAUAUUAGCACAAAUAUUUAUCACGAUCGCAAUUUAACGAUACUACUGCCUGCACCCCUUACCGAGGUAUGGUUUAAUGGAUUCAAGGAUUCCGAAUCGUACUACUGAUGGGAUAGGCAUUGUUGAUUAAUGCGCAAAGCUAGGGACGAACUAAGAAUGUAAGCAUUAGGUUUCUCUCCUCGUAGUUAGAUUGUUUUAUUGAUUCGACACCCCGACCGGCGGUGGGUUGCGCUACUUAGUUUAUGCAAACAUUAGCAGAGCAGGGUUGCGGUAAAAUGUGAGAACUAAAUUUUAAAUCAAAGUCAACGGCAUUUGGUAGUUUUUAUUCUGUUGAAUCACUGCGCUAGUGAGAAAGACGCGUCGUUUUAAGGGUGUGAAGUUUGGAUUCUGAUGGCGAAGGGUUGAUGCGAUCGUGGUUUGCUAGUGAGAUUUACGCAAAGAGGGCAAACAAAAAAACGGAUGCACAUAUUUUCAUUACGAAAAGGAUUACGUUUCCUCUUUUUCUGGUUCUUUUUGAAAACAUUUAAAGAAACAUAAAGCGACCACGCUUCCUUCUUUUAUUUAGCUUUCCUCUGCGCGACAGUCGCUAGUUAUUUUGAAGUUUAUUAUUAUACUUUCGGUACUAUUAAUAAUAUUAUUGAACUUAUUAUUACGGCUACUUUUAAAUGCGGCUGUAUUUUUUUAACGCACCAUGCGGUUAAGAAAAAUCGAGGAACGUUGUAAAGUGGUUUGCUGAUGGGCAAAAGUGACCGCAAAGUCAUCACGAUCGCGUUCCUCAAAUGGGAUUAUAAUGAAGUGUAACAAGGCGUUGUUCGGGCGUUAGGAGCGUUGUUAGUUACGUAUUUCCGAGGAAGACAUUUUUGCAAUAAAUACAAACACA